UUGAAUGCCGACCUGCAGUUGAUCGUGGGCAUGCUUCUGAUUUGGCUGAGGCACUGCUGCGGAAUCAAGUUCACGCUGCUCCACACGAACGACAUGCACUCCUGGUUCGAUCCGCAGUCGGAGAGCGGUGGAAAGUGCCAGGCGGGCGACGAUAAGCAGGGACGCUGCUUUGGGGGAUUUGGUCGCGUGGCUACUGCCGUCUCAGAGGCCAGGAAGGCGGGCACGGUGAUCUAUUUGAAUGGCGGAGACACGUUCCAGGGCACGCCCUGGUACACGACCUAAGGGAAAAUGGUGGCUCAGCUGAUGAAUAUGCUGGCCCCCGAUGCCAUGGCGCUGGGUAACCACGAGUUCGAUGACGGCGUCGAAGGACUCGUCUGGUUUCUGGAUCUGGUCAAGUUUCCUGUAUUGGGCUGCAACCUGGAUCUGCGGAAGGUGCCCAAGCUGCAGGCCUUGAAGCAGCUGGUUAAAUCCACGAUCAUCACCAAGGAGCACACAAGGAUCGGAAUUGUGGGCUAUAUACGGCCGGAUACUAAAGAUCGUGUCCAGCCAAGCGAUGUGGUGUUCACCAAAGAGAUACCCGCCAUUAACGCGGAGACAAAGAAGCUUUUGGAUCAAGGGGCUACCAUCAUCAUUGCUCUGGGACACGCCGGAUUCGAAAAGGACAAGGAGAUAGCCAACUGUCCAGAUGUGGACAUCGUCGUGGGCGGCCAAUCGCACACGUUCCUUUACACGGGCACCCCAGACAAGGAACUGCCCGAGGAUCGCUAUCCCACCAUCGUUUUUAAGCCGGAUGGGAUCAAGGUGCUCGUCCUGCAGGCAUAUGCCUUCACCAAAUUUCUGGGCUUCAUCGAUCUGGAGUUCGACAAUGUCGGCAACAUGUUGAGCUUCAAGGGCAAUCCCAUUCUUCUGGACAACUGUCAACCCCGCCGGGAUGUCCAGGAACUGUUGGACAGAAAGCGCAAGGUAAUCGACGACAUGGAACAACACGUGGUAGGCACUACCAUGGUGCACCUGAACGGGGAUCGGACCUGCUAGAUUGGGGAGUGUAACUUUGGGAACAUUAUCGCGGACAGCUUGGUCUGCCGAGUGCUGGAGCAGACGGGUGCGAGGAAACACUGGACGGAUGCGGCCAUUGGGUUAAUGAAUUCCGGAGGGAUACGGGCCUCGAUCGGUCCGGCCCAGACGGGGGCCAUCACGGAGGCGGACGUGAUGACCGUGUUGCCCUUCGACAGCGACCUGUACUACACCAGAAUCAGUGGCGAUCACCUAAUGAAGGCCUUGGAGCACUCUGCUGAUCAGCGAGACACGGAGUCGACUGGGGGCUAUCUACAGGUGUCCGGAUUACGCCUGAAGUUCAACUACACCGGACAAAGGCCAGCGUAUCUCGUCAAUCCGCGCCCGUGCACCAACUGUCAAAUACCUUUCUACGAGAUCGUCGACAGGGAAUACUAUGGUGUGAUUGUGCCUACUUCCUCUGGCCGCGGCGAUGGACACAUUGUGGAUUCCGACCAGCCAGAGUUCUCCAAACUGUUGAUGAACGAUCGCGAGGCGCUGAUCAGGUACCUCCAGGAGCACAAGAUCGUCUAUCCAGAGCGUGAGGAGCGCAUCAUCGGCUGGAGAGGAAAGCGUCCUGCUCCAGCAGGAUUCUGGCAAGGCUUUUACUCAUUUUCUUUUUCCCUAUUCACUUCACACUUCAAUGAUUACAUCAGCGCUCAACUUCUUGUGACUGAUCUGACACUGGUCUUCAAGUUCAUAUUUCAGGUGCUACCAGCAUGA